CACGCAUGGAGGCCAUUGAUCAGCAGCGUGCGGGCAGAGAUGUCGACAUGAGAGCCUCCUGUAAGAACAUAAAUAGAGUCCUUGAGACUCCCAGAACCAGAGCUUCAAUCGCAUCCACUUUCAGACUUAUCCAUCUUUGAGUCCAUUACAGGAUAGGAGAUCCUUUCACAUAUCAAGAAGUGUUUCGGUUUUAUUCCAAGCUGCAAGCUUCAACAGACCUUCAAGCUUAGCCAACCGAUUCAUCCAACGAUCCGGCUGUCAGGGCCAACCAACAGCACACAAAACAAACUCUGAAACGACGACACUGCAUCGACAAGAAUCAUGUGCUUUUACAACCAGAAGAGAUUUGUGUGUGGGGACUUCAGUUGGACGAGCUUUGCCCACCAGUGCAACUAUGAAUAUCGAACCGGCGAGACGUGCGGCAUGAAGCUCGUGAAUAAGACCGAGAAUGUGAAGACACUAUGCCGCAUCUGCGAGAGGAUCGAAAUCAAAUAUCGUCGGCGAAGCGCCGAGUAUGAACGGGUGCAGCGAUGGAGACGCGAUGGAGGUACGCUGGUGGCCUCCAUCGAGAAGUCGCAAGACAUGAUACGGUUGCUGGACCAAGAAAUCUUGAAACUUCAGAAAGAGCGGGAGGACAAAAGCAGAGCGCUGUGAACCGAACAUCUCAGCCCGCUAUUCCCCCCUUUGGCGAGUUUUCUUGCAGCAUGUUUCUUGUAUUUGUCACCAUGUGUCGUGUUUCACCAUAUGCAUUUCUGUCCCUUGGUCCGUGGUUUGCGGCAAUAUGUCAGGAUUG